CGCUAAGAACGAGACCAUCUGUAAGCGAAACAAGCUUCCAUUCUCAUUACAUGGAAAGUAAUCGUUCAUCUCCAGUCACAUGGCAAAACCUUACCUACACGAUACCCUACGAAAGGAAUGAGCGCACGCUUCUCCAGGAUGUUCAAGGCUACUUGGAUGUGAUCAGGAACCUUGCUGAUGCAAACUGUGCAGGUGGAAGGACAGUGUACUUUGGAGAACUUGGCCAUGACAACCGCACGCUCCUCGACUAUCUCGAACGAAAUGGAGCCAAGAAGUGUCCACCAAAAGAGAACCCGGCAGAAUACAUGCUUGAAGCGAUCGGUGCGGGCGAUCCGAACUACAAAGGCAAAGACUGGGGCGAUGACUGGGCGUCCUCCUCUGAGAACGAAAGGCUCACCCAGGAAAUCCAAGAGAUCAUCUCAAACCGCCGAAACGCUGCGAAAGACGAGGUGCGCGAUGACAGGAGGUAUGCUAUGCCUCUCACGACGCAGUUGGCCACCGUCAUCCACCGCAACUUCGUGCAGAUAUGGCGCGAUCCUCCCUACGUGAUGGGUCUCACGAUGCUCCAUAUUAUUACUGGUUUGUUCAACGGCUUCAAACUUUGGCAUCUUGGAAACAGCCAGAUUGACAUGCAGUCGCGGCUCUUCUCGACAUUCCUUACACUGACGAUUUCUCCGCCGCUCAUCCAGCAGCUGCAACCUCGCUUCAUACGUAUGCGAUCGAUCUACUCGUCUCGCGAAGGCAACGCAAAGAUCUAUUCGUGGCCGGCAUUCAUGUGGGGAACCAUACUCAGUGAGCUUCCCUACCGAGUAGUCGCUGGCACGAUUUACUGGUGCUGCUGGUACUGGACGACUUGGUUCACACGCGAUACCUACACCUCUGCCAGCGUGUGGCUUUUCAUCAUGGUUUUCGAGGUGUACUAUCUCGGUUUUGGGCAAGCAAUUGCAGCUUUUGCGCCCAACGAAUUGCUCGCCUCGCUCAUGGUGCCGCUGUUCUUCACCUUUAUUGCGGGCUUCUGUGGUGUCGUUGUGCCUUACGCGGCACUGCCAACCUUCUGGCGGCGCUGGAUGUACUGGUUGUCACCUUUCCACUACCUCCUUGAAGGCUUCCUGGCUCUGCUCGUGCGAGGGCAACCUAUUGUAUGCGACAUUGCCGAGUUGGCGAUCUUUCCGCCUCCGCCGGGACAAGACUGUCAAACAUACGCUGGUGGUUUUGCCCAACAAAGUGGUGGAUACGUGCAGACGCAGCCAAAUGGGGAUUGCGGUUACUGCCAGUACGCGACUGGAGACGCCUUUGCUGCGUCGUUCAAUGUAUCCGAGAAGAACAUCUGGUAAGUGGUCCGGAGAGGUCUCCAUCGGCCGGUCAAAGCUAACGGGCAUACAGGCGUGAUUUUGGCAUCAUGUGGAUCUUCAUCUUCAACUUCUUUGUGGUUUUCCUAGGCACGUGGCUCUGCUUGGGCGGUGCGCGCAAGAUCAAGUCGGUGUUUAGUCAAAAGGAUCGAAAGGACAAGAAAGAGGUGAGUGGAAAGCGGAAUAGGGAC